AUGUGGUAUUCAAAGCCAUAUUUGCAGCAGAUACAAGGUUUUGUGAAUGGUGUGACGCAACACUGUGAUAAGCGUAGCACACUACAGAUAUUCGAUCCUGGAAGGAGUGUAAUCAAUGAGGACUGCCCAUCAGCACAGAUUGGCACUGUUCAGCAAAAAAACCUGAUCAGUGAUAUCACAGUCAAUCAAGCGCUUCCAGCAAGCAGUAGGAGUGCAGGAGAUCAACUGGAUAUGCUAUUGGAGCAGCUGAAUACGUGUGUCGCACAAAAUCCACUUGCUCCAACGGAAGCAGGAGUAGUAUUUGUAUUCACUGAUGUUCCCUGUACAGAACUAUGCCAAAGCGCAAACUUACGAUCAGAUGCUCAAGUCAUCACAGAAACGCUUAUCACAAGGCAGCGUUUCAUCAUGAAGAUUAUGUUUUUGAGCGACGGUACAUCUGAAGCAGGUAAUUCUUUGCGGGAUUCUUUGCUACGAAAGGUCAAUUGUAAGUCAAUUAUUUGAUU